GCUGCAGUCCGCCCCCGUCAUUCUCCAGCCCACACAGAAAGCAGAAAGGCAGCCAGCGACCAAUACGGUGCGCCGGAGGAGGAUUUCUGCCAGUGAUUUCAGACGAGCCACGAUACGCGAAGGGGGAUUUACUACGCCAAUCUGAGACGGGGAAGCUUGCGGCGACAGCCUAUAGGUACCAGGAUUCGGUCCGACAGUAUCGACCUGUGACAUCUGUUGGAGAGACACCUUUGCGUAAUUACGCCUGUCUCCUCUCUGCGCAUCUACCCGUCCUGGAUAAGUGCUGUUUGCCAUGUCUCUGCCACGCACACUUGGAGAGCUGCAGCUCUAUCGGGUGCUGCAGAGGGCCAACCUGCUGGCUUAUUAUGAAACCUUCAUCCAGCAGGGCGGUGACGACGUCCAGCAGCUCUGUGAGGCUGCAGAGGAGGAGUUCUUGGAGAUCAUGGCCUUAGUUGGCAUGGCCACCAAGCCGCUGCAUGUGCGUAGGCUGCAGAAGGCCCUCCGAGACUGGGCGGCCAACCCUGCCCUGUUCAACCAGCCUGUUGCGAAUGCUCCCCUCGGGGGCAUCCCUCUGUUCAAAGUUGAGGGAACGGGCUCAGGUGGAUGCAGGAAGUCUGUGAGCAACGGCCAGCCCGGGUCACCGUGUGAGAGGGAGGAUCGGGCAUGUCUUACCCCGAUGCACAGUGGGAGUCCCAGAAGCCCCUGCUCCCAGGCCUCCCCACAGCCACCAGACUUACACUACAGGGAAAAACUGUCACCCAUGGACCCGCACUGGCUCAGCCCAGAGCCAGAUGGAAACUGUUCAGCAUCUGGACUAGAGGAGGAGCCGCCCAGCCCACCUAUGCUGUCAACGUGUCCUCCUGGUCCCUCCACAUCUCCCAGUCCCUCUGCUUCCCUCGCCCCUACAGCCCUGUCAGCCUGGCCCGGAGGACAGCUGGACGGGGAGACGGCGAGGGCGGUGGUGGAGAGCGUGGAUAGGCUCCUCAGGACCAUGCCAAGGUCAGAUCACACGGAGGUGAAGACACUGCUUAGGAUGAACAAGAAGUUGGCAAAGACUGUGGGGCACAUCUACAAAAUGGGGUCCCAGGACGUAAACAAGGAGGAGGAGAUCCGGAAGUACAGUCUCAUUUAUGGACGCUUCGACUCCAAGAGGAGAGAAGGCAAGCAGCUCACACAUCAUGAGUUGAUCAUCAAUGAAGCUGCAGCCCAGUUCUGUAUGCGCGACAAUGCCCUUCUGCUGAGACGAGUGGAGCUCUUUUCAUUGGCUCGGCAGGUGGCGAGAAAAUGUGCCUACACCUCCACUCUGAAGCAUGCAAGGACAAAUGCAGAUGAGAACAGUGUGGUGCCACAGAAGAGAGCAAGACUGGAGGUAAUGGUGCCGGAGAGUGUCUCAUCAUUUCUCGGAGUAGAGAGCUCGGAGGCCUUGACCCAGAGAGCAGACGAUGACAGUUUAUCUGCAGAGAGCCUCGACAGUGUAUCACAUGACAUGGGCUCACAGUGCAACCAGUCUCCUUCCCCUCGUCCCCACACCGACACGUCCAACCCCGCCAGCUGGAGUCGCCACCUCAUACAGCAGACACUAAUGGACGAGGGGCUGCGAUUGGCUCGGAUGGUGUCUCAUGAUCGGGCUGGCAAGAUCAGCCUAGGGUCAGAAGGGACUCGCUCCUCAGACCAUGACAGUAAAGUGGAGAAGCGGGGCUCAUUAACAGCGUGCAGGAGCAGUAGCCCCUGCAUCACCAGAGACAACUCCAAUCACCGAGGGAAAUGAAAAGUGCUCCGAGGUUAUCAGCGAACUCGAUGUGCUCAGACCCAACGCUGAACUCCACUCAUACUGCUGCACAGGCUGUUACCGAGCAGGUUUUCUCCACAUGUACUUCACUGACAUCACAAGCAUCCGAGUGACUGUAAAGUCUUUAUAGUUCAUGUCGGAAUUUACCAGCGGCUCAAAAAACAUCUAGUUUCAUUGAGUAAAUAUGCAGAAGAGUAAUUUUUUUGUUUUUGUUUUGAAAUUCAUGGACUUUAUGUCCUGCAGAUUAGAUCUAACAGUUAAAAAAAAAGAAGGGGAUUUUAUCAGGAGAAAACAGACAUUUUUGUUCAAUGGAUCAACCUGUUUUGAGCUGUGCUGUAAAAUCCACCUGUCUCAGAUCAGAUGGGCUCGACACAGCAGGGGGCACUGCAAGUUUGGAAAUGGACUCUCUGAACUUAAUCAGGCCUGAGUGAAAAUGUUGUAACAUGGAGGGAAUUUUGCAGUAUCAGCACGUAAUAUAAUAACAAGACAAAGACAACAAUCUCUGCAGCUCAUCCCCCUCAGGAAACAAGCAGAUGUGCUGGUUUUUAACAGACGUGGUAGUCAGAGAAAAGUGUUUCUUCACAAUCAAAGAUAAUCUAUGUAGAUGAAGUAGGGAAACAGUGGGCGGUUGAGCCAUAAAUUGAUCGACAUUUUUCAACGCUGCUGUUAGGUUCAGAUGCCUUUUUUCCUUUUUACUGCAUCAUCUAGUCACCUGUCAGAUCAGAAGAGGCACCCUGAGAUCUAUAUAUACACACACAGUAUAUAUGAAGCCACAAGCCUCCAUUUUCUCCCUCACAUCCUUCUUUACUGGAUUUUUCCACAGACAGCCAAAAAUUGUUGACACUUGAAUGAAUUUCAUUAUUUUAAAUGAUAUGAAAAAUUUACUGAGAAAACAUUUUCUAAACCAGUGGCAUUUGAAAAGAAUAUAGACACUUUAUUGAUUUCCAGGUGAUUGAUUUUCACUCUUCUCUUUAAACACUGGAGUGAAGUUUCUGAUGCUAGGAGCAGCAGGGCUCAGCAUCUUGCUCAAGAACAUUUCACCAGGCAGGAUGUUAUUUCACAUUCAAGCCGUGAACUUACAUUGUGAGAUUUAUAAAAUGCACAGUAUUUACAAUGCACAGUAUUUAAAAAUGAAGUGGGGAAAAGUAUAGAUUUUGGAUGCAAUGUUUUUAGGUGUAGCGGACACUUGUGGGCUGUAGCAGUGUGUAUUUUGGGAUGAAUGCUUCAGAUUUAGAUAUUAACAAGAUCAACUUUAUGUUAGUUUCCCUUUUUUCCUCUUUUCACCUCUGAGACUCAAUCACUGACAGACAAUCACUUUAAAUAGAAAAUCACAUGCAGAGGUUUACAGAAAGAAAUCUCAUGGUGCUUGACUAUUGAUCCAGCAACACCUGUAAUUCAUUUCAAACGACUGGUUCUUAUAAGGAAGAGUUGAAAUGGGUUUAAACAAGGCAAAUAUUGAUAAUUGAUGAAAAUGGAUUUUGUACCCUCCACCAUAGAUAUGUCAGUGAAGUACCUUGCUGUGAAUCAGUUUCACCUGCCUGUCUGCUGAGCAUUAGUGACCUCAGUUUAUUUUGUUGCAAACAGAUAAUUUAUUUUGUUACAUCUCAAUAAAUGUUAUUUUAUUGCUUAAA